CGAGUCGAGGGGAAAACAGUACAUGAAAUGUGUUGUAUGGAAAGUUCUUGAUAAGCGGCGACUGGUUUUCACGCCUCAACUGAGUUUCCUUCAGUGACUGGCACUAUCUUUUGGCAGAGCAAGACCCGCUCUUUCGAUCAGGCGGUUUCGCGUCACUUGCACGUAACCCCUGCAAUUCGUUGCCCUGAUUUUCGAAUUUUGUUAAUAGAAUCGUGCCGACACGAUGAGCGAUCCAGUGGCCAUUCGAGUUCUCGUUGAUGAUGGAACGCCACGAAUACCGUUUCCUCUGCGGAUUCAUCUUUCGUUAACAGUCUUUAGACUGAAGCAAAUGAUCGAGGCACAAGAGGGCUUUACAGUUGGAGAGCAAGAAGUUUUCUUUCAAGGAAAUCCGCUUCAAGACAAUCUUACGUUGGGGCAGCAAGGAGUUCUUGAAGAUGUUCAGGUGGAUAUUCGAGUGAAUUUUCAAGACAUACCUUCACCAACAAGAAAGAAGGGAAGCACCUCAACAUCUGAAGACUGCGUUGUGCCUGAUAUUGAUGAUGAAGAUAACGUGUUUAACUUUGAGCAGCCCAGAGUUCCUGCAGAUCCCAGAGUGUGGAAUAAAUGGGAGGUGAUGGAGUGGCUCAAAUGGGCAACCGAACGCUACAGCAUACAUGGAGUCACAGCCGACAAGUUCUUGAUGAAUGGGAAAGGCUUAUGCAUGCUUAACGUAGACGGCUUCCUCUACCGUGUUCCACGAGGUGGAGACGUUCUUCACAGUGAUUUCAAUAAACGUGUGACUGCAGCAGUGGAACAGUCACGGCAUUUGCAGAGCUAUUUGAAUCCUGGGACGUCGAACUUUUACUAUGUCUACUAAGAAGAGAGAUAAUUUAUUUGACAAAGUACAGACUAUUGAAAAGAGUAUGAUAUAAUGCGGGCAACCGAGGCUGCUUGCAUGAAAUGUACAUUAUUUAAAACAAAUUGCUAUCUGUAUAUAUUGAAAUGCACCUAGCCGGGUUUUUGCUUACCAGUUUUUGCCAAUGUCUUAUAGUGUAGUUAUGGUUAGUGAAAGCCAGAGGCAACAGAAAUUACUCAGUCAGUUAGAUUGGAUUUGAGGGGGGCAAAUUCAGGAAAUGGGGUUGGAUAAUUUAUUUAAUACAAGGAUCUUGAAGUCAAGCUGAAGGUUAUCUUUUGUAAGGGUGCCAGGUGCUUUUGUUCGAAUCCCCCAUGAUACUUUACAUUAAGACUUUUCUUGUGGACACGACAAGCUGUAAUCAGCAGUCAUUACAGAUCAAUACUGUCUCUCCUAACAUACCAUUCUCCAGUUACACUGUAGUUAACUUAUACCUAGAAAAGUAAAAUCUCUUUCAAAAAUUUCUGGUGCAGAACAUUGAUUACAUUCUGUUAAUAUUGAAAGCUGUCUCCCAACGUCUCUGCCUCUCAACUUGACCUAAACGUUCUUUCAUCCUUUUUUCUUGCAAUGUUAUUCUCAAGCAUUUAUAGAUAACCCAGCCAGAUAUUUAUACUGGUUAGCCCUUUUUUUACUUCCAAACAAGGUGUUCGCUAACAAAAAUUAACAUUAUUCAGCCUUGGAAACAUUUGGAGGAAUUGAUGACGAAGUGUUCUGCUGUAAAUUUAUAAGCUUAAAGUAUCAUUAAUUAAAUUUAAUUGUUAUGAAUAGAGAGGAAAAAACAUAAGUAAACAACAUAAAUUAUAUGUGGGAUUAAAAAGAAAAUUUUAAGUGAAUUUUAAAGAUUUAUCACACAAAAGUUGCACUUUUCCUUGCACAGGCAUGUUCAUAGUAGCUUUCUUUUAUUUCUUUUAGUUCUUUAAAAGAGAUUAGCUUGGAGUGAUAGUUGUCAAACAACAAUCAUCUUAAUAGCAUGGUAAUCAUUGCAUGAAAAUUGUACUUCAAUAAAAGAAUAACGAAA